AUGCCAGAGGUGGCAGAGGGUAUGAACUGUAUGAACAAAGAUCAUGGGUGUGCACAUAUCUGCCGGGAGACGCCCAAAGGUGGGGUUGCCUGUGAAUGUAGGCCUGGCUUUGAACUUGCCAAAAACCAGAAGGACUGCAAAUUAACCUGUAACUAUGGGAAUGGAGGCUGCCAACACACCUGUGAUGACACAGAUACUGGUCCUGUGUGUGGUUGUCAUCAGAAGUAUGCCCUACACUCAGAUGGCCGAACCUGCAUUGAAACAUGUGCUGUCAAUAAUGGAGGCUGUGAUCGGACUUGCAAGGACACCGCGACAGGGGUACGAUGCAGUUGCCCAGUUGGAUUUACCCUGCAGCCUGAUGGGAAAACGUGCAAAG